GUGGCCGCCGUGACAGGCGCAAACAAGGGCAUCGGAGUGGCCAUUGUCCGCAACCUCGCCCUCGAGUAUCCCCAGUCUCCAUUGAAGUCGGGGCCAUUUCUGAUAUAUCUGACCGCAAGAUCGCCCGAGCGUGGAGCUGAAGCAGUGAAAACAUUGAACAACGACCCCGAGCUGAAGAACGCGAAAGUGCUGAGCCAAGAUGGCGGCGAUACGACCAUCACCUAUCACGCGCUGGAUAUCAGCCAGGCAAAGAGUGUGCACGACUUCCGCGACUUCCUCCAGGAAAAGCACCCGGACGGUAUAGACAUCGUCAUCAACAAUGCAGGCAUCGCACAACAGGGCUUCGACGCCACGGUUGUAAAAGAGACGCUGCAAACAAACUACUACGGCACAAUUUCAGCUUGCCAAUCGCUCUUGCCUCUCAUCAGGGAAGGCGGCAGACUGGUCAACGUCUCCAGUAUGGCUGGCAAGCUGAACAAGUACUCUGAUGACAUUACGAAGGCGUUCCUCGAUGCAUCCAAGAAAGAGCCGCAGACGGGCAUUCCUGAGGUCACAGCUUUGAUGCAAAAGUUCCAGAAAGCAGCCGAUGCAGGGCAAGAGAAGGAGGCUGGCUUUCCGUCGGCCGCAUACGCUACGAGUAAAACUGGAGUUACGGCUUUCACAAAGUCACUGGCAUUGGAUCAGCAUGCGAGGAGCAAGAACGUCCUGAUCAACGCAUGUUGUCCUGGAUAUGUCAAGACAGACAUGACGCGUGGUGGAGGCAGAAAGAGUGCUGAUGAAGGCGCGAAGACGCCUGUCAUGCUCGCACUGCACGAUAUCGGCGGCAAGACAGGAGAGUACUGGCAGCAUGAGGACAUCGCCCAGUGG